GCAGUGAUUGAAGCCAAAAUACAUGUAAAAACAGUGCUGAAGGAACUGAGAUCCAACGGGCUGCUUUUGUCACUUCCCUGUGUUUGCUGGUGAACCAUACACAUCAAAACAGUUGGCUUCAUAUACGGGACAAUUACUCACCAAUUCCCAUAAACAGGAAAAAAAGAAAGAAAGAAAAAAAAAAGGACAACUAACCAAAGUAAAGCUGAAUCACCGUGUCUUCUGAUGCAUUCAGGCUCUCACGGUCAGUCCACCCACACCGUGUCUUAUAAAACGCUGUUCACGUUUCACCUUUGGUUUUAAGCCAUAAAUUGCCUGCUGAUGGCGAGUAGAUCCCGGCUGACUCAUCAAGCGAUACUGAUGCUACUCGUGCUGAUGAGCUGGAGGGAGAACAUGCACUGCAGCGCAUUCACAGUGGACCCCCCCGAGGAGCUCGUCAUAUUUGACCCUGGUCAUCUCGGACAUCUCCAAAUUACAUGGAACCUCCCAGCCAGUCUGAUUAACACAACAGAGUGCCAGAAAAUGUAUCAUCUGGAAUAUUUCAACACCUACAAGAACAGCUGGUCUGCUGUCAGGACCAUGAAGAGGACAUACAGCACCCAGUUUGAUCUGAUGAAAGAUGUUAGAGUGAGAGUGUACACCUUGUUGAGUGGGCCCUGCACCAACGGCACUAUGAUCAAGAGCACGAACUACACUGAAGUGGUCCAGAAACCUUCCAGCAAAGGUGUUGUAGGUACAGCAGUCCAGGAUUUUGUCUGUGUGUACUAUAACAUGCAGUAUGUGGAGUGUACAUGGGGAAGAAGUGCAAAGAUGCCGGCCAAUUCACAGCAAAAUCUUUAUUUCUGGCACAAUGAACUGGAAAAGACGCAGGAAUGUCCAUCAUACAUUUACAUGGGCGGUAACAGGAGUGGCUGCAACUUCACAGGCAUCUCUCUCCCUGAUUUCACUGAUAUCAACUUCUGUCUGAAUGGCUCCUCUUCUGAAGGUCCGCUGAAACCAACCUUCAUCACCCUGCAAAUACAAAACCAUGUGAAGCCUGAAACCACAGAGAAGCUGUAUGUGCAAACAAGUCCAGACACGCAGCAGGAGCUACACUGGGACAGUCCCGUUGGCAAGAUUCCUGGACAUUGCCUAGAAUGGGAAGUGGAGCACAAUCAAGAGGGACCCGACAGAAAGAUUGCAACGAAGUGGAUUUUAACCUCAGAGAGGAAGCUAACUCUGCCCUCCAUACGCAACAAAGAGAGAAACUGCUUCAGGGUCCGGUCCAAAUUGAACAAGUACUGCGCAGAGAAAAGCUUCUGGAGUGAGUGGAGUCGUCCAACGUGCCACCCAGGCACGUCAGCAAGUCCUCAUGAGUCACAUUUAAUUUGAGGAUUCCCAGCUGGAAGACCCUGAUCUCACCAUCAAGCAAUGUUUCUCUUUGGAUUUGAGGAUGAAGGGUCCUCGUCUGUUUAAGGCUUCACAGGGUAUUGACAACAGCCUGACUAAAACGAAGAUGAUGAAGAUGAAUAUCCGUGUUUUAAAAUAAUAAGAGCACAGAAAAAUGUUUGUUUUUUUAGCUCUCAACCAGAAAUACUUCCAGUCUAUGUAUAAAUUAAAAAAAUAUAUAUCGUUUACGAUUAUGGCCUGGACUUAAGGCACAGUUACUAAAGUUACUUAAGGCAGUAUGCUGAGGCACCUUGAAGGCACAAGUCAUGCCUUUGUUGCAUGGUGUCUGUCUACAUGAUAUCCUCACAAGUUAAGAGUGGGAUGUGCCAACUGUACUAUACCAUGUGUAUACUUGAAGAGCAUUGCACAUAUUGCACUAAGACUGAAAGGAUGGUGGCGUGUUAAUACGGGUUGAGUCAUUCAUUUUUGCCCCAAGAAGGAAAAUGACUGUAAACCACACACUGCCAACGGUUUGCCUAAUUCACCUUAUGUUCUAUGGGUAUUAGAAUCCUGCCAGCAGAGUUUCAAACCUGCCAUUACCAACAAACCGUGCUCAUGUUUUCAGAGUUUCAAGUAUGUCACUGUAUGGAUGGGAGGACAGAGGUGGUGGACUUAGACAUCAUCUCUCGUGCACAUACAACGCUGUCCUCCCAUACCAUACCAUAAGAACAAUAGGUCGUUAACCGGUCAUAUCUGAACUCAUUAACAGUCUCAAAGUCAUUAGCCAGUCGUUAGACACAGAUGGCCAGUGGUUAGACACAGUGGGCCAUCACUGGCAGUCAAACUACAUAGGCAAAUUGCAGGACUAUCAGAUCCUUUGUUUUGUUUAGUUUCACUUAGCCACAGCCACUGAUGUAUAUAUAUUUGUUCUCCACCAAACAGUUUUUCAGAACUGAUGAAGCUGCUUGGAUUAGCAGUGAAACGUCUUCAAGUCAGUCUUCACAAGUCCAGACGCCUUGCUUUAGCUCUUUGAGUUGUUAAUGGGAGGUUUGAAACUCUGCACAAACAAAAAACAGUGUUGCACCCAGAGCAACAUACAAAAUGAUGUUGAAGAAGAUUUUAACAUUUCAAAACUCAAAUUUCAAGGUUUCAAAAGUUUUUUGCAAACUGAUGUAGUGGGACAACAAUGCCGUAUUUGAAACUCUGAAAAUGUAUACUUAAAAACAGCAAGUAUGCAACAAGAGGUUUGUAUCUCUGAAAAUUUGUGGCUGAAACUCUGUAAUAUGCAUGUUGCACUUAUGAAAAAUACAAAUUCAAGUAGACAUUCUUGUCUUCACUCUUGUCAAAAUCAACCUCCUUUUGGAUUUCCUCUAAUACCAGAAUAAUUUAUUCUUUUGGUGUUUCUUUUGAUGUUUGUUGGCUGACUACUUGCCAAAUCUCUUGCCGUUUUAUUCAGAUUUCACUCCGGGUCAAAGUGUUGUCACUUUGAUAAAUGAAAUCAUCACUUUACUUUGAAGCAUCGUAAUGUUUUCACAGAAUAAAGGUUUUGAUCAAACUCU